AUGAAGCUUUGCGCAUAUUGGAAGCUACUGUUGCUGUGGUGCUCGGUUUGUAACGGGCAGACUACAACAGAAGUCACAGCACUUGCCACCACCAACGAUACUACAUGGAGCCUCACGUCUGGGACAACGUGGGAACCGACAACAGAAACCAUAACUGUGACGGGCAUAUCCACCACCGACGCAACAUAUGCCCCUGGCUCUAAUACCUUCCCCAUUCCUGCUCAAACCACCCCAACGACAAAUGUAACUGAUAACGGAACGACGGAUGGCAACAACACGGCCGCUACUACAACAGUUGGCACCACCAGUGAUACAACGGUGGAACUGACAACCAUUCUCGAUACAACGGCAAACCCAACCGAAGCUGCUACGUCCUUUCUGACCACCCCAGUCAGAAAUGUAACUGACAACGGAACGACGGAUGGUAACAGCACGGCCGCUGCUACAACAGUUGGCACCACCGAAAAUACAACUGUUCAAUUGACAGCCAUUCCCGAUACAACGGCAAACCUAACUGAAGCUACCACGUCCUUUACCAAUGCCGCUUCAAGUUCACCCGGGCCCAAUCUUACCACCCCAGUGGCAAACGUAACUGAUAACGGAACGACGUAUGGUAACUAUACGGUUGCUAAUACUACAACAUUCGGCACCACCGAUAGUACAACAGUUGAAUUGCAAUUGACAACCAUUUCUGAUACAACGGAAAACCCGACCGAAGCGACCACGUCCUUUUUCAAUGCCCCUCCAAGUUCAAACGGGUUCAUUCUUACCACCCCAGUAGCAAACGUAACUGAUAACGGAACGACGGAUAGUGACUAUACCACUGACACUACCUCAGUUGAUACCACCGAUAAUACAACUGUGGAACUGACAACCAUUCCCGAUACAACGGGGGAAGCAACCGAAGCGGCCACGUCCUUAACCCAUGUCGCUUCAAGUCCACCCAUGCUGUCCAAUACAACGACAAAUGCAACUGGCAACGGGACAACGGGUGGUAACAAUACUGCCCCAACAACCACCAUAGCAGUAGGUACCAACGACAGUACAACUUGGAGCAACACCACUAAUGGUUCAUUGACUACUUGGGAAUCAACGUCGCCCAUGAUCAACACAGCGACACCUGUUGAUUCUUCGGUAUCAACUUUUCCGAACGAAACAACACCAACUGAUUAUGGGACAACGACUGGAGACAUAACAAGCGCAGCUGAUAAUACUUCAACAACGUGGGCCUCUACGACCGUCUUCGGUGUAACGUCAAACGAAACCACGACAGACAUGUCCUACACCGACACCACAUCGGACACAGAAAACACAACAUCUGUCACUGACACCUGGUCUUCGGAAUCAACUCUGCCGGGCGACCCAACGACAGAAGCAACUGCAUAUGAAACGACGGAUUGGAGCACGGCAACCGAAGCCGCAGAACCUGAAACAACAUUUGACACUCCGCCAAACACCAUCACAGCAGCUAUGACCACAAAUGUUACAACAGACACGAUUAUCAGCACAGCAGAAGUUAACACCGUCACUGGGGAUGGUAUCACAUCGGUAUAUACCAACGGAUCUGAAACAACAGACCUACACAUGACAACAGUGAACGUACCUACACCGACUCCAAAUCCUGUUAUGACAGCAGUGACCACAGAGAUUACAACGGACACGACUGACAACACAACAAACACAAACAACGUUAACGUAGAAACAGAACCGUCUACAGCUACAGGUCCCCCAAGUACUGCAAAUAGUACGACGACAAACGCCCCAACAACAUCUAUCACGGGUACUGUACUGGAUUCUGUUACAACUAAGUCUUUCGCUACCGGCGACUCCGGUACUGAUGCUGCCAUAAAUGCCACUGUUACUGGCACGGAAGUUAUCAUCACACCAGUUACGGAGCCCGCCGUUACAACUGAGAAUGUCACGACACGCACUGUAACAACUUCGGUCACUACAGACCCUGAACUUACAACUGACGCUAGUACAACAACGGCCACUACAGACCCUGAACUUACAACCGACGCUGUUACAACAACGGUCACUACAGACCCUGAACUUACAACUGACGCUGUUACAACAACGAUCACUACAGACCCUGAACUUACAACUGACGCUGUUACAGCAACAGUCCCUACAGACCCUGAACUUACAACCGACGCUAGCGCAACAACGGUCACUACAAACCCUGAACUUACAACUGACGCUGUUACAGCAACGGUAUCUACAGACACUGAACUUACCACUGACGCUGUUACAACAACGGUCAUUACAGACCCUGAACUUACAACUGACACUGUUACGACAUUAGUCAUUACAGACCCUGAACUUACAAAUGACACUGUUACAACAACGGUCAUUACAGGCCCUGAACUUACAACUGACGACGUUACAACAACGGUCGCUACAGACCCUGAACUUAUUACUGAUAAUGUUACAACAACUCUCACUACAGACACUGGACUUACAACUGACACUGUUACAACAGCGGUCACUACAGAACCUGACAUUGCCACUGAAACUGUGACAACAUCCACUACAGAUCCUGAGCUUGCAACGGACGCUGUUACAACAGCGGUCACUACAGACCCUGAACUUAUCACUGACACUGUUACAACAACUCUCAAUACAGACACUGGACUUACAACUGACGCUGUUACAACAACGGUCACUGCAAACCCUGAACUCACCACUGACAAUGUUACAACAACUCUCACUAUGGAAACUGGACUUACCACUGACAAUGUUACAACAACGGUCUUUACAUACCCUGAACUUCCAACUGAUGCUGUUACAGCAACGGUCAUUACAGGCCCUGAACUUACAACUGACGCUGUUACAACAACGGUCACAACAGACCCUGAACUUAUCACUGACAAUGUUACAACAACUCUCACUACAGUCACUGGACUUGUAACUGACACUGUUACAACAGCGGUCACUACAGAACCUGACAUCACCACUGACACUGUUACAACAUUAUCCACUACAGAUCCUGAACUUACAACUGACAAUGUUACAACAACGGUCUCUACACACCCUGAACUUACAACUGACGCUGUUACAACAACUCUCACUUCAGACCCUGAACUUACAACUGACGCUGUUACAACAACAGUCACUACAGUCCCUGAACUCACCACUGACAAUGUUGCAACAACUCUCACUUCAGACCCUGACGCUGAUACAACAUUAGACACUACAGAAACUGAGCAUACCACUGACGCUGUUACAACAUUAGUCACUACAAACACUGAUGUUACCACUGACGCUAAUACAAGAUUAGUAACUACAGAGACUGAACAUACCACUGACAUUGCUACAACAUUAGUCACAACAGAAACUGAGCAUACCACUGACAUUGCUACAACAUUAGUCACAACAAAGCCUGAACAUACCACUGGCAUUGCUACAACAUUAGUCACAACAGAACCUGAACAUAGUACUGACAUUGCUACAACAUUAGUCACAACAGAACCUGAACAUACCACUGACAUUGCUACAACAUUAGUCACAACAGAGCCUAAACAAACCACUGACAUUGCUACAACAUUAGUCACAACAGAGCCUAAACAUACCACCGGCAUUACUACAACAUUAGUCACUAUAGAAACUGAGCAUACCACUGACAUUGCUACAACAUUAGUCACUACAGAAACUGAGCAUACCACUGACAUUGCUACAACAUUAGUCACUAUAGGAACUGAGCAUACCACUGACAUUGCUACAACAUUAGUCACUAUAGGAACUGAGCAUACCACUGACAUUGCUACAACAGUAGUCACAACAGAGCCUGAACAUACCACUGACAUAGCUAUAUCAUUAGUCACAACAGACCCUGAACAUACCACUAACAUUGCUACAACAGUAGUCACAACAGAUCCUGGACAUACCACUGACGUUGAUACAACAUUAGUCACGACAGAGAAUGAGUAUACUACUGACGCUGUUACAACAAUAGACAUUACAGAGUCUUAUUUUACCACUGACGCUUUUACAACAUUAGUCACUACACCGUCUGAUCUUACUACCGGCGCUGUUACAAGUUUAGUCACUACGCAGUCUGAUCUUACCACCGAUAUUAUCACAACAGAACCGGUCCUUACCAAUGUUGCUGUCACAGCAAUGCCUCCUCUAACAACGCGCACAGUUACAACAUCCAUUACGACAGAACCCGUGCCAACAACGGACGCUAGUACCACAUUAGUCACAACACGUCUGUCUACCACUGACGAGUAUACAACUGGAAUCGUUGCUGAUAUCACCACUGACGUCGUCACUACAACAGAGGAUACAUCAGUUAUGUCGUCACCCAAGCCCUCCACUACAGCUAGUACUUUGACAAUUGUAGCAUCUUCAACUCCAGGCAUGUCAUAUGCUCCUCCUACCACACCCAAAGAGACUGCAAUCACACCUGUAGAACUACGGACUACUGAUGCAGAGAUAUUUAGCACACAGGACGUAAUCCAACCGACUACGCUUCAGAACGUUCCGGACAGAACAGAGCUCGUUAACGUAGUCGGUCUCGUCAUAGGUGCAACGUUGGGGGCCUUGGUAGUCGUGAUGGGAUCUAUGGGCAUCGCUUACCAACGCAGCAGGAAGAAACAUAGUGCCAAAAUCACUACCCUUGAGCUGAAGGAGCACCUGUACAACGGACCUCCUGACUGUACCAUCACUAUUGUGGAGAUGAAGCCUUUACCAUCCUCGAAAUUCACAAGGAUUUCACCUGACCUGACAAUUUGAAUAGUUGUACUGUUACGUUACUACAGCUGGGAGAAUUCCUAUAUGAACUGAUGUAACGUUAAACUGCUCAUUGCUGUAUGCAUGCAUGGUCACUUUGUGGCCCUGUGUCUGGUACGCGUUCGAAACGCGUAGAAAACUGUUGCUUACGAAGCACGCACAACUGCGCCACCUUGCGGUGUCAAAUGCAUGGAAUCUAUAAAAACUCUACAGGUAUCGAUUAGUAUUGACAUUUGAUUCUCGCUCCCAAAAAAGAGGAACAACGAGACCAAAAACCGCACAGUAUUCUAUUGGCAUGUGAAGGUAUGCUGUAUGCUAUUUCCAUUUUUGAAUUAUAUGCCAUACAACAUUUAAAAAAAAUUCUAACCCGACACUGCGUAUCAUCUAUAACGCAUCCUUCAAAAUGAUUUAAAGCACGUCGUCACCGAGCCACAGUAUC